UUAACCUACAUACCCUGUGAGAGAUUUUCAUAUUGGGUUGGAAUUUACUAAAGGAAAUUCAGAAUCCCUAAUGGAGAUUGCUGCUGCUUUAUGGUAACCAGGUCGGUAGGGUUGAAGGGGAUCGCAGAGAUUGGGGUGAGAUGUAGAGAGAUUUCAAAAUGAGAACUGGGAUCUUGAAAUUGAUCAUCUGGGAGAUAAGACAGUUAAACCAAGCUAGGAUGGGGAUGACAAGCUUGUAGAGUUCACUGCAGGAGAAGAUUCAGGCUGCAGAGUUCUGGAUAGUCUACUGCCUAUGUAAGGAAGAGCAGGGGAAUCUGGCACACAGCGCAUUGGCAUAGUGGAACCUGGAUGUGAUAAAGCAUGGAUGGAUCUAGCCCGAGGGAAAAGGCAGUGGCAAUGUUUCAGAGGUUUGAUGACACAGUUGGCUUGCAGAUGGUAUUUGAUUGCACUGUAACCAAAGUGAAGUGUGAGAAUCUCAAAUCAAUGCAACGAUUUGCUUUAAUACUUAAGAUCCUAUCGAUGAUCUACAAGCUGGUGCAGAGCAACACGUAUGCAACUAAGAGAGACUUGUUUUACAGUGACACACAAGUGUUUGGCUCACAGAGCGUCCUGGAUGCUAUUAUCAAUGAUAUAUCGUGCCUGCUAAAAGUGCCACGCAGGUAUCUUCAUAUUUUAUCUACCGCUAGAGGUUACAUUGCUGGCGAUCUAUAUUACACUGAAGAAGAUGGGACUAGGGUGAACUGUUCCUGCAACUCUACUGCCAUUCUCGUACCAUCCAAUGUUGACGGAGUAAAAUAUUUAAAUUCUACUGCUAAAUUUGUUCUCAUUGUUGAGAAAGAUGCCACCUUCCAGAGGCUGUUGGAUGAUGCGUUUUGCACAAAAUUGUCCCCAUGUAUAAUUAUAACUGGGAAAGGAGUACCAGAUCUAAACACCAGACUGAUGGUCCGAAAGCUGUGGGACACACUCCAUAUUCCUGUUUUUGCCCUUGUGGAUGCUGACCCAUAUGGUAUUGAAAUCAUGUGCAUUUACAAGUAUGGCUCAAUGUCUAUGUCUUUUGAAGCCCACAAUCUCACUGUUCCAAUUAUCCGCUGGCUGGGCUUACUUCCAUCUGAUAUUCAAAGACUAAAUGUGCCUAAAGAGGUGCUGAUUCCGCUAAAUAAAAGAGACAUAAGCAAGCUGACCAUUCUGCAGAAAAGGCCCUUCAUUGACUGGCAACCUCAAUGGAAAAAUGAAAUGGAAAUAAUGGAGAAGUGUAAAAUGAAGGCUGAAAUACAGGCCCUGGCAUCAAUUUCUUCUGACUAUCUUACAAGAGUUUACUUACCAAACAAAAUCAAGUUUGGAGGUUGGAUAUAAGCACAACAACUUACCGUUAUAUAACGACUUCAACACAUGGUAGCGUCUCAUAGCACUCACUCGAGAAAAGGACUCAAGUAACUGAUUCCUAUUCCAUUUGGAGGGAUGUCUGGCUCAGCUCGUCGCACUCUCGCCUUUGAGCAGAAAGAUGUUGGAAUUUGGAUUCACAUUUAUUGUUGAGAUAUUGCUUGAGACAUUAAACCGAGGUCCUUUCUGUCUGUUUAGGUGGAUAUUAAAGAUUCCAUGGCACAACCUGAAAAGAGAAGGAAGUUUCUCUGGCGUCGUAUCCCCUAAAAAUCCCCCAAAUAAAAUUGGGCAUUUAUGUCAUGGCUGUUUGUGACAUGUUGCUGUGCACUCGCCCACAAAAUACACAGUGACUCCACUUCACAGAAAAUUCCAUGAAGCGUCGCUCCAAGGCCAAAGGCCAAACAACGUUGGACACAACCUUAUUGUCCUUGGUGACAGACACUAUAGUUAGUCUGUCGUGUCACUUUACAUGUUUUGUUGGUUGAUUGCUAGUUUGCGUUAUAAGCUUUUACAGUGCAGCAGGUGUUUUUUCAGUCAGCAUAUUCCAGAUUUGGGGGAUUCUGGUUGUGCCGCUCUCAUAUUGUUGAUGGUUGACAUGCUACAAGGCAAGAUUUGUGUCCCACGCUUAAUGUGUUAAACAACAAAACCAAAUUACAUUUGUAUAGCACCUUUCACAUCUCCCGGUGUCAUGGAAGUCUCACUUGUGUUAACAAAUGAACAUUAACAGCGGAUGAAGUUUAUGGUGAAUAAAAUAUUAAUUU